AUGUCGACUCUUCUGAGCCUUCCAGAUGGUAUUCUUAUAAAUAUUCUGACUUUUUUUCUCCCUCAUGAAGCGACUGAGUGGCAGGGCCUGAGGGAAGGCCGAAUUGAGAACCAAACAAAAAUAUAUGACAAGGAUGACUACCAGGUUAGCGAUGGAUAUGGAGAUUUAUACACAACCUGCCUCGUCGCAAAGAAACUUCGUGGCGUCGCCCAGCCUCUACUCUUCCAGAAUUUCGCCGAUCAUGCUCUAGAUAGGCACAAUGGGAUGACUGUCUCCUUCGCGAAAGCUCUGAAUCGUCGCCCAGAGCUCGGGAAAUUCCUUCAGGAUCUCACAAUAUCAGCACCUUUUGACCCUGAGCCUUACGAAAUUUCCAAAGAAGAUAUCCAAUUCUUCACAAACGCAAUCAAAGACCUCGAUCUCGGCAAGGCAGAAAAGACUUGGAUUAUUGCCAUGGAGUUGGGAGAUGUCAGUAUCUUUGCUGCCUUGAUUCUCAAGAAGACUCCCAACAUUCGUCGCAUGAUUCUCCCUGGAGGUCUGCUUUCCAUGAGUCCCUUCUCGACGCUGUUGCGCCAGGGCCCUUCUUUUUUGCCAAACCUUGAGAAUGUCUGUUUCAUCGGCAAUGAUGACUAUUGCGGUUACAAUAUUGCAACUUAUCUUGAAUUUCUCACUCUUUCCAAGCUCAAGACCGCAGUCUUCUCGUACGGAGAUCUUCAAGCCGAGAAUUUCUCGUUCAAAUUGGAGCCUAAAUCAUCGGUGGUCGAGGAGCUAGUUUUCGACAAUUGUGAAAUCGACAAUUUGUGCCUUCAAAAACUCACCGGAGUAUUCAAAAAUCUGAAGUCGUUCUCGUAUGACAGCUUUGCCUUUGAUUUUGGCAUUGCCUUGAGCCGCCCUCCUGAUACCUACAGAGGGUCUCAAUUCAACGCAGCACAUGCCCAUGAAGCCCUCUUUGAGCAUCGAGAGACUCUUGAGUAUCUGCGACUAGAUUUUGCCAGGAAAGCUACCGAUCUUGAUGAUCUGCCACGGUUCAUAUCAAACCAGACGAAAAUGCCAUCUUUGCGCGAGUUUACGGUACUUGAGAAUGUUCGCCUUCAACAAGCCAUAGUUCCGGACCACCCUCAGUUCUACCCCGCGCUAAAAAGACUGGUACUUUCCGACUGCAACUCAUCUGUUGUCAAAACUGCCGAGAAUAUUGCUGCGGAUUGCAAGGAAAACAUGUAUCCUGACUUGGCCAGCUUCACUAUUCUUACACUCGAUCUUGGAAAAGCUAUUCCUGUAUCUGGGCAUCAUAACGCGGAAUCCAAAACAGAGGCAGAUUUAGUUGCUCCUUUCAAAGAAAAUAUGGUCAAGUUCGGGAUAUUUGUUUCCCGAAGACCCGCAAUCGAGGAGCUCAUGGAGAGGCUUGCACUUGAUGGUUAA